ACAUUUCAUGUUUCUAUUUUAGGUUAGAUUAUAGCGCCCCUUGUGGCUGCGGGAUCAUACUAUAUAAAACUAAAAUGGAUGAAAAUGGCAUGUGAGGUGUUGUUAAAUUUCAGUGAAAUGUUUAGUUUCUUCAGCCGCCUAGAAUGGGAGGCUGCAUAGGCAUAACAAGGGCAAGAAAUGCCUCAGUCGAUGAUACAUCGGGAAAUUCAACGAGAACUAAUUCAGGAAAUUCAAGAAAAAAUCACCCACUUUGCCAUGAGGUAAUCAGAUGGAAGUCAGACGUACCUUUAACUGAAGGUCAACUAAGAAGUAAAAGAGAUGAGUUUUGGGAUACAGCUCCUGCAUUUGAUGGAAGAAAAGAAAUAUGGGAUGCAUUAAGAGCUGGUGCGACAGCAGCUGAAGCACAAGAUUAUCAAUUAGCACAGGCUAUAUUAGAUGGAGCUAAUAUUUCUGUGCCAAAUGGUUUCUUAACGGAAUGUUAUGAUGAAUUAGGUACACGAUAUCAAGUCCCUAUUUAUUGUUUAUCAUAUCCUAUCAAUAUUGUAAAAGAAGAUAGUGGCAGAGAUUCACCAGCAGAUUGUUCAGAACCAGUUGAUGGAGGAACCGAGCAAACUUUAAAAUUACGACUAUCUACAACUUUAGGGGAUGUAAAAUUACCUGUAUACAGCAAGGAUACUAUUGGUAUAGCCAAAAAGAAAUUACAAAGUCAAGAAGGCCUAGAACCAUCACGACAACGGUGGUUUUUUGGUGGAAAAUUAUUAGGUGAUAAGAUGCAUAUAGAAGAAGCAAAAGUGCAGCCAGGUUAUGUAAUUCAAGUAAUUGUAAAUCCAGAAAAAACGGAUGACAGUCCAGCUAAAACCAGUUGAAUUUACAUAUGCAUAUGAAGUGAUCAAACACACCACUAAACCAAUAAUCAAUAUUAAGCACAUUCUUGCACAUAUUAAAACGAACAUUUUGCACUUUUUAUUGCAUUCGUUAAAUAUAACAUAUUAACUGAGAUUGGUUUUACAUAGUAACAUCAAUUUAAGUUGUGAGUAUUAUCAAAUAUGCUAAUACUUGAAUAAAUUAUUUGAGUUUUACAUUAUAUAAAGUAUAGUCAUUAUACUUGAUUAUGUUUACAAUUUGAUAUAUAUUACAAUGUCUAGCAAAGUAAAGAGAAUUGUGUGUGUAUGAGAAUGUGCUUAUUUUACUCAAUGUUAUCUAUUUACAUGUACAGUAAAAAUCGACUGAGAUAUAUCUUCAACAUCAAUAUACGAAUACAAAAUUAAUACUAUGCAAAGUUUUACAAUUAAACAUUUCUAUCUAAUUGACAUUGAAAUGAUUAUCGUCAUAUAUAUUGUUACCAAUGAUAGUACUGGUGCUGUAAAAAUAUAAAAAUAUUUAUGUAAGAAACUAUAAAUAUCUUGUUGAAGGCUAUUACAUAAUUAACAAUCAGACAAAUAAAAUGUAUCAUUCAUAUUGGAAAUUACAGCGAUAUUGUUAAUAGUUUAUCAGAGCAAAGUAAGAAUAACUUGAUGGACAAUAACAGAGAAUGAUUGCAAGGUCAUAAAUACAAAUAAUUUUUUUCUGACGUCCUGAUGUAGUAACUAACUUUUUUUUAUUUAAUUUUCUCUCUCUCUCUCUCUCUCUUUCUCUUUCUCUCUCUCUCUCUCUCUCUUUCUCUCUCUCUCUCUCUCUCUCUCUCUCUCUCUCUCUCUCUCUUUUUCUUUACAUACUUCUAUAGUUAAAUGAAUGUAGUAUGUUUUCGUAAAUUUUAUGAAUAUAUUAUUAAGUACAUUUAAUUUUCCAAAGAUUUUACAGCACCAUAUAUUUCAUUAAAUCUAUAAAUCUAAAUAUUUUACAGCAAUGUAAAGAAUUAUGAAAAUCAUAACUUUGCAUACUUUGGAAAACAUAUAAUUUGAUAUGGCCUAAAAAUGGCCUAAAAUCUAUGAUUCCUUCCUGUAAGUACUACUAAGAUAAUAAGAUAAGGUCUUUAAAAAUAAUUUAUAACCAGAUGAAGAAAAUAAGACUAUAUCAUGUGGAGAUGACAUGUGGAACUGAAAUUUCAUCUUUAGCGCAGAUUUAUUUAUAAUGUUUAUCAUUUGUAUCAUGUUUUUCAUGAUUUCAUCUAUAUAUGUUGUUGCAAUAUGCACUUGUGGAUAAGGGGUUGAAAUAAAAUUGCUAACACGUUGCUAGUCAUAUCUUUGACAUCAUUUAAUUAAAAGUUUUGUUCCAUAUGUCAUACAAAUAAAUUAUCUAAAUUGUAAUAAUAUUGCAAAUAUGGCAUAAUAUGUGAAUUAAUUUUUUAACUUUACUAACAUAACUAUGACACAUAGCUUAUUUCAUACAUUCUAAUUAUCAAUAUUGGGUUGCAGUGUGACAAUGUGUGUGCGAGAAUAUGUAUGUUAUUUAGGGAUGUGCGAGUACUGCCUAACAUCUAGUCGUUGGCAAGUUCAUAUUAAAAUUAUUAACAAAAGAAUAAAAGCUGAUUAUGUUAAUGAAAGUAAAGUACUCAACCAUCUCAUUAAUAAAAAGAAAAUCUAAAUACAUAUAAUUUCAUUGGCCAUAAUCAAUUAAUGAUUAAUUAAAAAAUAUAACUAUUAACAUAAAAACGCGCACAUGUAUAUAGCUCACAUUAUACACAAAAAGUUAAGAGCUAUAUUUAAAAUACUAAAAAAAGAAUAAAUCGGAUCAUUUAGACUACAUAUAUUAAUGUAAAAAUUUUAUAUGCAUAGAUUAAUCUAUAUAAUGAUUAAUUAAGUCCCAUUGUCUAGAAUACCAAAUUCUUGGAGUAUUCGCACAUUCCUCAUGUAUUUAUAAUAUACAGGAUGGUUAAAAAACAAAGUAUUGCAAGCUAUUUUUUAUAGAACAGUAAAGAAGGUAAUUGAGUACUAUGAUCUGUUAUUGUUAACAUAAAUAAUUGAAAUUUUAUUAUGUUUUUUAGGCACUUAUAAAAAGUUCUUAAAUUCAAAAUUCAAUUUAGUAAUUUUUUAUCAAAUCACUGACGGAAAUUUUAUUUAUCUAUUAUGAUAUUAUGAUCUGCUGCAUUGAAACAAGAAGAUAACAGAUUUUCAUAUGCAGAAGCUUUGUUUAAAAAAUAAUACGUGUGGUUACUAUGAAAAAUAUUUCAACUUAAAACAGAAUGUAUAAUAAUAGAAGAUAAGUGCAAUAAUGAACUGAGAAAAAAGAAUGAUUUACUUUUCAAUACAGAUCAUUAUUUUUUUAUUUGUUCAAAAUCAAGAAUACAACAAGAAUUUUUCAAAAGCAUCAAAUAAAAACAAAAACAACAGAAAAAUUAUAAGAUGAAAAAAUCUUUCAAAUUAAAAUUAACAAGUUUUUAUUUUAUAUAGCUGUUGCUUAUUGAGCCUCUAGAGGAAUAAUAUGUGUAUAAAAUGCAAAGAAAUGUUGGUUGUGCACUGACUUUUUUUAUUAAUGAAGAUAUUUGAAUAUUGACUUGUAAACAUGUAUUUAUAUUAUUUAUAAAAAUAUCUUAUACAAAUUAAUGAUCAAAUUAAAUUUUCAAAAAAGUGAUUCAUCAUUUUCAUGCAAUAAUUAAAAUUUCUUCACAAGUAUGCUGGGUUUCAAAGAGUAUCACUUUUUUAGAAAAUACAGACUUAUCUUAAAUUCACAAUCAAAUAAUAAACAUUGAAUCUCAUAAUGUUUUACUGAUUCAAUGAAAGCAGCUUGUAAUGCUUUCCUUAAAUUAUCUUUUUCAUAUUCAUAAAAAUUUCAUAUCAAAUUACCAACCAAUUCAAGCUAAAUAUUGAAAUAAGAUAUUUAAUCUUAUGUCUAAUUUAUUUAUACAUCAGUUAUUAUUACUUUACAAGUUGCAAUUGUAUUAUAUUUAUUAAAAUGAUAUUUACUGGAUAUGAAAAUGUAUAAAACCUAUUUCAUAUGCAAAAUGAGAUAUUACAUAUUUGAACAAUCAUACAUUUCUUUAGCACAAUGUAAUAAUACAGCAGAAUGUUGAACAGUACUUUUGCUUCAAUAAAUGAGUGUAAAGUGUGUUAAAUAUCAGUGUCAGCUUUAAAUGCAAUUUGCACUGUUUAGUAUAUAUGAUUAUGCUUUAAUAUAUACUAUAACAUUAUUCAUUUUUUAUAUAUGAAUAUACCAGUGCGUUUAAUUUUUCUUUUAUUUUUUUAUUUCUUUUUUUUUCUCUUUUUUUUUCAGGGAAGGGAUAAGUUUUAAAAUGUUAUUUCUUGCAUCUUUGAAUUAUAGUAUAAACACAAGCAAAGGUAAUGUUGCAUUUACUUUGUAAAACACUUUACUAUAAAAUACUUGUUAUUAGCAACUAAUUGUUGCAAAAAGUUCUCCGUGAUAAUAAAUUUUAUCAGACUGAUAUUAGUAUUGGUAUGCCAAAAUUGGGUUGUCUAUGAUAUAUUGACAGAGACUGCGUUUCGAUUGCUCAAUUGGUAUCGAGUUAUAAUUUAUUUAAAAACUACAAAAAAAACAGAAUACUGAAGAGAAAUAUAUGAGAACACUAUUUGUAAUAACAAUAACAGUGCUGAAUGUAUUUGACUAAGGCCUCUUAAUAACUUAAACUUGUAAUUUCUUAAACACGUUCGGCAUAACAUUUUUAAUAUAGGUUUUAUCUUUUUUCCAUAUUAUUUGCAAAUAAUAUUAAUGUGCUGUUUAUUAAUACUCAUGAUUAUGUAAUGUUGAGCAAAAUGCGAUGAACUAUAAGAGUAAAAAACAUUUCAAGAAUGUAAUAUGUAAAUAAACAUCUUUACAAUGAUAAAAGUGCAAUUCCAAAUGCCUAAUAGAGCAGUUGCUUAAUAUUAACAUUGCUACGCUGGACCAAUGCGUGUGAUGUCUUUAAAGAUCAAAGAAUGACUGAUUGAAGACAAUGUAGGAUAACUGCCAAUAACAUAUUAAAUAUUUGUUGCUAAUCAGAUCUUAUAAAAUACAGAAAAAAUUUUUGGAAUUUGCAAAGAAAACAUUGUGAUUAGAUAGUAGUUAUGAGUUAAGCCACGUUUACACAUUUUUUAAACUAAUCAAAUGAAUAAUGUUACUUAUUAAGAGUAUGAGUACAGUCAUGUCCAUACUGACUUACUUUUAAUCAAUAAAAAAAUGAAUGUAAUAUGAUUAUUACAUGAUUCACAAAUAUUAUUCUUAUCUAAGAAUAGAUAUUUAUUAUUUUUUUUUUUUUUUCAUAUUGUAAAACCAAAUACAAGUACAACAGUGAAAAAUAUAAAUUAUUCAGACUGUUACUUGAUUAUUGGUAUGAUAUUUAACAAAUUCACAUAAAUUAAUUUCUAUACAUAUUAAUUAUAAUACAAUGCAUUGUCAAAUAAAGCAUAAUGUUGUGAAAAUUCUCUAGUUCAACGAUUUUGCUUCCUUAUUUCAAAAAUAAAUUUAAUAAGAAUAAAAAUAUAUGUUAUUAAAAUUGAUGGUUUAUGUUAGAUAACAUUUUUUACUUUUCAAGGAAGAAUAAUAUAAACUAUAUAAAAUACAUACAUAUAAUUUUUUUUAUUUAAGAUAUCAUAAAAAAAUUGUUUACAUUUUCACUUUACUAACGUUUUUAUAUAUUUUACAUAUUUUAACUCGUGACAAAGCCAGAGUAUACUACUUAAAAGAAUAAGACUACCACACUGAUGAGAUGCAGCUAAUGGUACUGGUACAUGAUAUAAUAAAGUUAAAAUACCUAAAGAAACUUGUAAGUAACCUGCACCCAGUACUGUAUUUACAGCUGUUUUCCCAUAGCCAGGAAGUUUAUGAUUUCUAGCCAAAAUAGCAAUAAUAUUUACUAAUACAAAAGAAAAUAUACCCUGUAAUAAACAAAACAUUAUAGAUAUAUGCAACUAGAUAAUAUCAAAUUAUACAUAUUGUAUCAAGAUUUAUAUCAUAUUUUUUACCAGAUAUCGAUGUUGAAAUUGUGCAGUGGUUGGAUUUUCAGUAAAAUUUUUUAAUGUCUGAGGCAUUGCAAACAAAUCAUCAGGGAUCCAUUUAUCUGCCAUUUUUGGAAAAGUAUUAUAAAUAAGUCCAGCAUCCAUGCCAGC